AGUUCUGAGCCUGUGGUUCUGUCUGUUGCCGCUGCAGGGCGCUGCGGACGCGCAUGCGUGACAGGACGGUGACCGAAAGUGGUUUUCGGUGGUGUCAAUAAAGUUGUGUUUGGAGGACGUCUGUGGGUUGCGAAUAAAGUUUUGUUGCUGCGGCGAUGGCGGAGUAUCGGGAGGCGCCGCUGGCCAGCCGGCCCCGCACCCUCGACGCCAAGGAGUACCUGGAGCAGAGUGCGGAGCAGCGGCGGGCCCAGGAGCAGCGGCUGGCCAUCCGCUCCCGCCUCAAGCUGCAGUACCUGAGGCAGCUGAACGACCCGACGCGGACGCAGCUGAUGGAAGAUCCAGCCCUAACUCGCUGGGUAUAUGCUCGCACUCUGAACCACAUCUAUCCCAACUUUCGUCCAAGUCCUAAGACAUCACUAAUGGGAUUUGUCUGCGGUGUAGUACCUCUAUUUUUCUGGUAUUACAUCUUAAAAACUGAUCGGGAUCAUAAAGAAAAACUUAUCAGGGAAGGAAUGGAACGACCAUUUAGUCUUUCAUCAUGAGUACUUGAAGUAGAGUCUGCAGAUGUGACAAGUAGUUGUACAGUAUGUUAUAUGGAAGUCAUAAAAUGUCAUUUUGCAUUAAUAAAUGUGGCUAAUCAUA